AUGUUCAAAUCGUUACAUAAGAGUGAAGAAAUAUCGCUGUCAAUAGAAAUCUCUCCCGACUUUACAGGUAUUUUGCGAGGAUUUGCGCAUGAUGAAUCUGAGGGUUGCACACUGAAUGGAGAGCUCUUGAUGACUACCACUCGUUGUGUCAAGAUCAAGCGCCUGGAAACUGUAUUCACAGGUGUAUGUCGAGUGAAUUUCAAGACAACAAACAAGAUGGGCGUUCCUACAUCGGAUGGUACCGAAAGUCGAGGCAUUUACAGAAAGAAGAUGGCACAUUUGGGUGAGACAGCAGAGGCAGCAGCCAGCUAUGGCAGUAACAGCCCAUUGACAACGUUUGAGCCUGGUACAUACAAAUUCCCAUUUUCCUUCAAGAUACCACCCAGUCUGCCACAUUCAUUCAAAGGGAAGCACGGAUCGAUUGAAUAUGAAUUAGAUGCCUAUGUUACUCGAGGCAUAUUUAGCACGGAUGUGCACAUCAGUAAGCCAGUGACACUGAGAAGAUGUCUGAUGAAUACGCCAAGUCCUGUGGCUCGCAACACACAAACUGUGAUAGGAAGGAAGCAUCCUGACAUUGUCAAGUACUCUGCUACUGCCCCAUCUAUGGUUUACUGUGAAGGAGGGUUACUAGAGUUAGGACUCAAUGUGGAGUUGAAGGAUCCAGAUCGAUAUUCAAUUCGCAUUGUUACUUGUGGUUUAAAGGAACGUGUGGUAUACAGAACGACUGGCAAAAGCUCACUGACGAAUCAAGCAAUGCACUACAAUGAAUCCAGCUUUCCUCUAGGCUGUAGCACCUUCUUCCCCUCCCAACAUCCCGAGUACAACCCCGCAGAUUUGCACAACUACAAUGCCAUCUUUCGACUGUAUCCUCGUGUGCACACUGACAACAAAUCGAGCUUGAUUGUGGUCCACCAUAUACUGAUGAUUCGAAUGAUUAUUGACGACAAUGAGGUGAUAACAAGGGCCAACAUUCACCGACACAGAUCAACAGAUAGUACAACAAGUAUAGCAAGUGUUGCAAGCAGUCUUGGAGCAGCACCACGUUCCAUCCUGUCCCACUUAUCAAUGAAACAGCAACACGAUCAUCGAAGCUCGCCUGGAAAGCCACCUUCUAUGACACCGGUGAAUAUCAUGCCGAACGCAAUUGCUUCCACCAGCACGCCUCCUUUAAGCAGAUCGCCGUCUAUUUCAGAACUGUCAGUGGAAACCAUGUCUGGUGAGUCUGUUCUGUCCACAUCGCCACCUUCUUCGUCGUCGUUGGACAUGGAAUUCAUGCAACCUUUUCAAUCAAACUUGGUGCGAGUCUCCAGUAGAAAACUGGAGCCAAGUAGCAGUAAUAUGACGGAAGACAAUGCCGGUUCUUAUACAUUUGUGGAUGAAGGCGACAACGAUGAGGAGGAAAGAGAAGGCGUUACUAGAGACAAUAACCUAUCAAGUGGGCCACGACAUCACUUGGGUCACUCAUUGACGAUUCAUCAUCAUUUCAAUCCAUUCCAGUUUCACAAGGGCAUCUUGGAAGAAGGCUCAUAUGAAUGCACUUUGAACGUGCCCAUCAUUAUCACAUCGCGAGAAGAAUAUCGUGAAGGAAGCGUGCCCGCCUUGCCUGAUUAUGAAACAGCAGUGGAUGAGCCUCCAAGCUACCGAGCCACCCUUCAGUGUCUUCCACCUGUGCCUAUUUACCCGUCCAUGGAGGAGUUGGACAGUGACAACAACGAUAGUGAGAUGUUUACGAACGAAUAA